GCGGGAGAGAGCCGCGGACACACGCCGAGGCGGCCGCGGGAGCCCGGCGCAGCCCGGCGCGAGGAGCAAGUGUGCGCCCGCACGGCGAGGGCAGCCCGGGCUUCGCUGGUUCUCGCCGAGGUCUUUCCUCGUAGCGCCCACACUACGGGGAGGAAAAGGAAUGGAGUCAACUUCGUUCUAAUCCAACGCCAGUUAGAGUUUCCUUAUUAUAACGUCAUUUUUUUUUAAUCCAGAAAAGGUUCAUAAGGAUGUAAGACGAAAAGAACGAUGACAGCUCGAGAAAUAAAACGCACUUCCGAGAACUUAAGUGUCAGUGGAUACAAAUUGCAAGUCACUCCUGCUGGAGAGUUCACAAGAAACGAAGGGUACUAAGAGCAGAAAAGUGACCCGAGUGAAUGGAAGGGUAAAAACAGACGUUUGUGCAGGGAUGCUUCUGGAUAGAUGAAGAUCAUGCAGGCAAGUCAUCUUUGCGCUCAUAACCACAUCUUUUAUGGAACAUCAAGCCUACUCUGAGGUACAGGCUUUCAGAAGCCUGAAUUUGGAGGACCAUGCCUCCAAAUGGAGUCUCCAGAAUCAAAAGUGCUCAAAAUAAUCAUUCAUGGUUCUCAGACCAAAUAAGAUCUCCUUAGAAACAUUUCUCAACAGCAUGCUGUCACACCGACUCAGACCCCACUCUGCACGCCAGCCCGCCCGCACCCACCAUGGCCACAGUUCAGCAGCUGGAAGGAAGAUGGUGCCUGGUGGACAGCAAAGACUUUGAUGAAUACAUGAAGGAGCUAGGAGUGGGAAUAGCUUUGCGAAAAAUGGGCGCAAUGGCCAAGCCAGAUUGUAUCAUCACUUGUGAUGGCAAAAACCUCACCAUGAAAACUGAGAGCACUUUGAAAACAACACAGUUUUCUUGUACCCUGGGAGAGAAGUUUGAAGAAACCACAGCUGAUGGCAGAAAAACGCAGACUGUCUGCAACUUUACAGAUGGUGCAUUGGUUCAGCAUCAGGAGUGGGAAGGGAAGGAAAGCACAAUAACAAGAAAAUUGAAAGAUGGGAAAUUAGUGGUGGAGUGUGUCAUGAACAAUGUCACCUGUACUCGGAUCUAUGAAAAAGUAGAAUAAAAAUUCCAUCAUCAGUUUGGACAGGAGUUAACUAAGAGAAUGACCAAGCUCAGUUCAGUGAGCAAAUCUCCAUACUGUUUCUUUUUUUUUUUCAUUACUGUGUUCAAUUAUCUUUAUCACAAACAUUUUACAUGCAGCUAUUUCAAAGUGUGUUGGAUUAAUUAGGAUCAUCCCUUUGGUUAAUAAAUAAAU